AUGCCACGUUUGCCACGCAUCGACUACUAUUUCGACGUGAUCUCACCGUACAGCUACGUCGGAUUUGAGGUAUGUUGACGAAGACGCGUAAAGCAUUUAAAAUUAUAACUAAUUUCAAAAAAAUCGUACUGACUUGGUUCAACGCUCAAAUUGUAGGUAUUUGGAUUGUUCAUCAGGAAAAUAAUUUGAAAAUUCGGCAAAAUUUCGUGCUCUCGGCCCGGCCCGGCCCAUCCCGGCUACUUUUUCCCGGCCCGGGGCCCUACUGAAAUUUUGCCGAAUUUUCUAAUUACUUUUCCCUAAUGAACAAUCCAAAUGCCUACAAUUUGAGCGUUGAACCAAGUCAGUACGAUUUUUUUGAAAUUAGUUAUAAUUUUAAAACUGCGGGCCCGGCGACAAGUAUGCGAAAAAGUAAUGGGAUUAUUCAGGCUGUGAAAAAAAUGAUUGUUUUCCGUUUUUUUCGUUUUUUUACGUCAAAAAAUCCAAUUCAGCGUUGUAAAAAAACGAAAAAAAAACGGAAAACAAACAUACGCUGAAUAGCCCCAUAAAGUGGGGAACAACUGGCUUCAAUUUCAGACUUCAAGACCACAAUUUAUUGAAUGAGAACCCUUUUAGACACAAUUUUGCAGGCACUGAACCAACUGCAACACCAGUGGAAGGGCGUCUCCGUGCGCUACAUCCCCUUCUACCUGGCGUCGGUGAUGAAAGAAGCGGGGAACCGGCCGCCGGCAUUGGUGCCGGCUCGCGGCGCCAUGAUGAUGACUGAUCUCGGACGGACCGCCAACUACUGGGGCAUCCCGCUCACGUCGCCACCACUCUUCAUGGACUGGAUCCGCAAAUACCGUACCAUCGACGCGAUGCUCAUCCUCCUGGUGCUCGAGGAUCGGGAUCCGGGCCUGAUGGCGCGUGCCGCCCGCGAAAUGUGGCUCCGACUAUGGUCUCGCAGCGAGAAAAUCUUUGAGGAGCACGAUUUUAUGGAGAUUUUGCGAGCGGUGGAAGUGUCGGACGCGGCGGCGGUGAUUGCGGAGAGCAAGACGGAAAAGUACAGGCAGCGGCUGACGGAGAACACGGAAAAAUGCAAGGAAUUGAGUGUGAGUCGGCGCAUUCUUAUAAUAUCCGGGAAGUGUGUGUUCUAGGCCUAUGGAGCUCCGUGGAUCAACGUGCUCACUUCGGACGGCGCCGAGCACUCGUUCUUCGGCUCCGAUCGUUUCCAUCUCAUCGCCGAGCUUCUCGAUCAGCCCCAACCCCUUCCGCACCGAUUGUUCAAUAAGAAAUCGAAUUUGUAA